AUGGGUGCUCCGACCGUUGCCAGGCGAACGUCCGAUGAGAUGAGUGCAAAUGGCAAGGCAAAGCGAAAGACGUCUCGAGCGUGUGGGCACUGUCAAAAGGCUCACAUGACGUGCGAUGCCUCUCGUCCCUGCGCGAGAUGUGAAGCCAGAGGGUUGGAAGAUAGCUGUGUGGAUGCAGCGAGGAAGAAGGCAAAGUACCUGCGAGAUUUCGACGACGAAGUCAUCUCCCAGCAUCCUCCACAACCUCCCCACUUGCCUCUCUACAGCCCUGCGUCUGAUGCUGGCCCUUCCACGAACACUCACAAGCCUGCUCACCCGUCAAGGCCGCCUCGACAGUCUACUUCGAGCUUGCCAUACCCCAGCCAGGAGCUGACGAGGCGGACCGCACCCUCCUCACACGAUCACCCUUUCGAGAAUGGCAAUGCGACCAGGGCCAAAGGCAAGAAAGCGUUUGACUCACAAGCUGCCAAUCUCGAGUAUGACAUCUUGUCGAGUAUGCUUCACGGUAACGGGAUGGGCAUGUCGCCUAGCGCAGACACGCAAAGUGAAGGCAGUAGCGGUCAAUAUGCCGGUCCAGGUCCUCUCGAGACGGCCAGUCCUGCCUCUUUCCUCUCGCGCCUGGAAGACAACCAGACGGCUCAUCCACAAUCGAGCGCGCCAGUCGAGUAUCUCUCGCGAAACGACUUGCAGAAUCUGCUGGAAUCGAAGCAAUCAGAGGAGAUGCCUGCACCACCUGUGCCCUCCUCCCACUCGCCUCUGAGCUACCUUCAGAGGCAACAGGACCACACAAGCCCGCGUCGGGGCGGUGCGACAUCAUCCUUGCGCUCGACGUCGACCAAUGCCGUCGCUUCAUCUUCGAAUGGCUUCGAUCAGCCUGGCAGAUCUUUCACCUCGCCCGGUGCGAGCGCGAGGCAACAACCACCGCCUCUCUCCCCCGUGCUGACAGACAGCUCUUCUCGCUACCGGCCGGCCUAUGAGCGUUUCCCUUCCGGCUCGUCCCAAUCGUCGCUCGCACAGCCUACACCUGCCGGUCCCUUGCCCGAACAGCAAGCUUAUGCCAGUCGGGCCGGCGUCAUGCAUCCUCAGGACAUUUACGACAAAGUCACUCGGCCAUAUCCGUAUACGGAAGCGUAUCACUACCUCAUCCGCCACCUCAAAGAAAGAUUUGAGAAGAAUGACAUCUUGCGCAUUGUCAGAGCGCUCGCAAUUUACCGACCGAGUCUGAUAGCACUACAAAUGCCACUGAGCGAAGAAGACGAGGUCUUCAUCGAGAAGUGCUUCCAGCGAUCUCUCAUCGAGUUUGACAAGCUCAUCUCGUUCUCUGGCACGCCCACGGUCGUCUGGCGUCGGACAUGCGAGAUCUGCCUGGUCGGUGCCGAGUUCUGCAUGCUCACCGAGUGGACGCCCGAAGAUCUCUUGGCCAAGAAAUUCAUCUACGAGAUCAUGGACUCGUCGAGCGUUGUAGAGUACUAUGAAGCGUUCAGCAACCAUGCUUUCGAGAAUACGACGCAAGCCGUUAUGACGACCUGCGUGCUUCUUACACCAACGGGUCGGCCUGUGCCUUGCACUUUCUGCUUCACCAUCAAGCGAGAUCUAUUCAACCUGCCAUCUGCCGUUCUCGGCCAAUUCCUGCCCAUCCUGUCGUAG